AUGGAGCAAAAUGAUGAUGAAAGAACCAUGACAGAGGAACCACAAGGUGGCGAAGUCAAGCUCAGUCAAGGACAAGCUGCCUACCUGAAAGAAAUCGAGAAGGAGAGAAACAAGUUAUGGCAACAGUUACCAAAUCAAUAUGAAGCUUUCGUAAGGGCCUUGGAUGAAGUAUUAGAAACGAAAAUUAAGGAUGAAAAGGAGCGCUUACGAUUUCUGGUGAAGUACACAAGUGGAGAUGUUCAGGUACUUGUAGAAAGUUGUCAAAAUGAGACUGACAGCCAAGGCUGUAAAGAGGCAAGAAGGUUACUUAAAGAACGUUUUUGGCAAUAUCAUCCUGAAGCAGUUCACAAUGAAGAAGAGCUACAACAGCACUGGGAAGAAGAAGAACUGGAACAAACGGAUGAUGAGUUAUCAGAGCAAAUACUAGAGGAUGAAGCGGAGCAAACAGAACAGAAGAAGAAGCCAACUACUAGUGAUGCUAUCACCUCGCCUCAAGUAGCUGCUCAUAUUGGGGCCGGGGUAGAAGCUUGUAAUUUUUCUAUUUUACCAGUACAUAUACGUCAUGACGGAUCAAACAGUUAUCGCCUGAUGCAGCUGGGAUGUCUGGAUUCAGUGGCAAAUUCUACAGUCGCCUAUUCAUCCACCUCUCCUUUAACCUACUCGGCGAAUGGAACCGAUUUUACCUCACCAUAUUUCUCCACAAACCACCAGUACACCCCUCUUCAUCAUCAGUCCUUCCAUUAUGAGUUCCAGCACAGCCACCCGGCAGUGAACCCAGAUGCAUAUUCUUUGAAUAGCCUCCACCAUAGCCAACAAUAUUACCAGCAGAUCCACCAUGGAGAACCGGCAGACUUUAUCAACCUUCACAAUGCUCGAUCUCUCAAGUCCUCUUGUCUGGAUGAGCAGAGGCGAGAGCUGGGCUGUUUGGAAGCCUACCGUAGACAUGACCUCUCUCUAAUGAGCCAUGGCUCUCAAUAUGGUAUCCACCCAGACCAGAGAAUUCUGCCAGGUCCAAAUCUAGGGCUACAGCCCCCAGGUUCUGAUGACAUUCAGAACUCCGUGGAAGCACAAUGUGGAUUAGUUUUAAAUGGUCAAGGCGGAGUAAUACGGAGGGGUAGCACAUGCGUUGUGAAUCCGACAGACCUGUUUUGUUCUGUUCCUGGACGUUUGUCACUACUCAGCUCCACUUCCAAAUAUAAAGUGACCAUUGCAGAAGUGAAAAGGCGCCUCUCACCACCAGAAUGUCUCAAUGCUUCUCUCUUAGGAGGGAUCUUACGGAGAGCUAAGUCUAAGAAUGGAGGACGAUGUUUACGAGAGAAGUUGGACAGGUUGGGACUGAACUUACCAGCUGGCAGACGGAAAGCAGCCAAUGUCACCCUGCUAACCUCUCUGGUUGAAGGUGAAGCCCUCCAUUUGGCCCGGGAUUUCGGCUACACGUGCGAGACAGAGUUUCCAGCCAAAGCCGUGGGGGAACAACUUGCUCGGCAGCAUCUUGAGCCCAAAGAACAGACACCAAGGAAAAAGAUGAUUCUAGCAACAAAACAAAUCUGUAAGGAAUUUCAAGACCUCUUAAGCCAGGACAGAUCACCUCUGGGAUCUUCGAGACCAACUCCAAUUCUAGACCUUGACAUUCAGAGACAUUUAACACAUUUUAGCCUGAUCACACAUGGAUUCGGUACCCCUGCUAUCUGUGCUGCCCUCAGUAGCUUCCAAACUGUCCUGAGUGAAAUGCUCAACUAUCUGGAUAAGCACACGGUUACUAAAAACGGAGCUUCACCAGAGAAUGGCCAGGGCAAUAGCAACACAGAAAAAGGAACACUGCGGAAGAGCUUGGAUCCAUCUCAAAAAGAUGGGAAAAUCGAGAAAACAGAAUGAACUCAAUGAAUGAACUUUGAAGUCAGCCAGAGCUUUCCUGCUGCUGAAGUCCACUUAAAUGAAGUCGGUAUCUCUUGUAGGAAGACUAGAAGGAAGGAAACAAAAGCUCAAUGAUGGAGUCACUAUUUUUACAAUAUUGAAAUAUUUUGUGCACAGUUGUGCUGUUUAUAUAGUGUUUAUAGUGAUGCACAAUACAAUUUAACCACUGGAUACAAACGUGCGGUAUCUUCUUUCAGUUAAUGAUCUACGCAAUGUGCCAUAAACCAGCUCGACAUUCACAUCAUGUUAUAUGAUUUGACCUCCAAAUUCUUAAGAAGGUGGUGGCUCCAGUCACCUGUCAGAAACAAGGAAACUUCCACUUUUGCAGGCGUAGCUCCAAUCAGAGUCCAGUCUGUUUAAGUUCUGACCAACAAUAAUCAAAGGCUGAAAUACCUGCAGAUUUUUGAACUGACCGCAUUUCCACUUGUGUGCAUAACUGGACAGUAAAACAAAGGCUUUAAAUUAAUUUACUGACUUCAAUUAUUGUAACGAGUAGCUGAACCACUUGGCAUGAUAUCAUAAUUUAGCAGUCAAACAUUAUUAUGACAGAAAUCAUCGUAUAACAUAGCUGGCAAUAUAACUUCCAUGCAAAAGGAUCCGGACCUGAAACAUCACCUAGCAUGUUCUCCAGAGAUGCCAAUGGACCCACUGAGUUACUCCAGCACAUUGUGUCUUUUUCUUUUGUUGUAAACCAGCAUCUGCAGUUCCUUCAGUCUUCAAUUUGAACUUAAUUUAAUCACCUGAUACUGGAUUUUUUUUUGUUAAAAUGAAAUUAGGUAACUCUGCACCUUACAGUGUUACAUAUGUGAAAGUAACACUGUUGAUGUUGAUAUCUCAGCAUAUUUUGAACUUAGUGGGACUUAAAGCUACCGAUUAUUUCAUAAAGAUAUGACUGAUUCUAAGGGAAAUGUUGUUUAAUAUUUUUUUUUAAUUCAUAAAAAGUAUUAACAAUUUAACUUGCAUAUUUUGUAAACAGAUAAUUACAUUCCAAAAGAAAGGAAAAUGCCCAGCUGCAUCCAAGGCAAAGGAAGGCUGCUACUUUGCAUUAAACAUUUCAAUAGAGCUCACAAGUGUAUCUUAUCAAUGAUCAGGUGACUCUGUGCAUUUUUUAAACAAGGUUAUUUUCUUUCAGAAUUCCAGUAUGUGCAUUCCUUUUAUAAACCUAUUAUUUAAAGUGCCUGGCAAGGGUUUGAAUCCCACCAAGGGAGCUGAGAAGCUUUAGUGUUUAUUUGUUUUUAAUGUUAGCAAUGGUGAACCUGGAUUGGCAAAAACAAAAAUCUUUUAAAUCCAUUAGUUUACUAUUGUCCACCAGGAAGUGUAUCUGAAAUCUUUUUUUCUAUCUGGCUUAUUUGUGAUUCCAGGCCUGCAGCAAUGCAAUUGACUUUUAACUUUUCAUGAGAGGAAUAGAUCGGGUAGAUGCACAGAAUAUCUUGCCUAGAGUAAGGGAAUCGGGAACCAGAGGACAUAGGUUCAAGGUGAAGGGGAAAAGAUUUAAUAGGAAUCUGAGGAGUAACUUUUUCACACAAAGGGUGAUGUAUGGAACAAGCUGCCAAAGGAGGUAGUUGAGGCUGGGACUAUCCCAUCGUUUAAGAAGAAGUUGGACAGGUACAUGGAUAGGAGAGGUUUGGAGGGAUACGGACCAGGCGCAGGCAGGUGGGACUAGUGUAGCUGGGACAUGGUGGCCGGCGUGGGCAAGUUGGGCCAAAGGGCCUGUUUCCACACUGUAUCACUCUAUGACUAAAACUGCUCUCUGAUAUGGCCUAGUUUACCAUUAAGCUCAGUAAUAUUUAAGGAAAGGCAAUAGAUUGCCUUGCUCUCAUCCUGUGAAUAAAUAAAUACAGGCUGUCCCCAUUAAUAACUGGGUUCCAUUUUUACAGAUGUCCAUGCAUAGAUUUUGUCGAUGUCAGAAAAUACAUAAGAAUAACUCUAUGUGAUACCAUACCUCCAUUGCAAUGAAUGUCACCAGAGGCACACAAGAGUGUUAAGAAUGAACAGUUACUUUCAAUGGAGAGAGAGAGGAACUAGUUUUGCUGCUCAAAGGAAUGAAUAGAUGUAUGUACUUCAGACUUUUGAACUUGAUUUUUUUUUUAUUAUGGAGGCUCACUCAUAUGUAGCGGCAGCUAUAGGUUGGGUGUUUGUAAUCUGGGGUUUGUCUGUACAUUAAAAAAAAGGACCUUUCCCCAAAUAUUUAGUGUCAGAUUUCAAGCAAACUUUAAAUAAUUCUGUUUUCCUGUUCCUGGUUAGUUUUGGCACAUAUCUAUUAGACCCAUUUAUGAAAAUAUUUUUCCAUUGCAUUUCUUCAUGACAUUGCUGCACUGUUCGAGUUAUACAUCAUGGAAUAUACAGCAUGUUCAUCCUACCACAUCUACACUAAUAAUCAAAGUCUACAAUAAUCCCAUUUUCCCUGCUCAAACCCAUCAGGUUCCCUCCCACAAUUUUCCAACCACUCAUCUGUACUAGGGGCAAAUUGUAAUAGAUAAAUAACCUUCAAGCAGCACAUUUCUGGCAUGUAGGAAGAACACUAGGGGAAGCCCAUGCAGUCACGGGGAGUACUAAUAAAAACCACACAAAGUCAAGAUUGAACCUGGCGCUCUGGAGCUAUCAGGAAGCAGCAGUAACAACUGUGCCACUGUGCCCUCGACUGUUAUCCUGCACCAUCUUUCCUCAACAUGAUUUACUUUGUAUGGUUUCACUCCCCCUUUUUCUAAAUAUAGCAGGCACACCCGCAGAAUCAUGUUUUUCUUUCUGGUCCCACAAUACCUCUCUGGUGUUCAUCUUUCCAUAAAAGCCUGAAUACUCUCAUUUAUAUUUUGGUCCUAAUGAUGUAAUUUAGUUUAGUUUAGUUUAGUUUAGUUUAGAGAUACAGCACGGAAACAGACCUUUAUGCGCACCGAGUCUGCGCUGACCAGCAAUCCCCGUAAGCUAGCACUAUCCUAUAUACUAGACAAUUUACAGUUUUUUUUCUACUGAUGUCGAUUGACUUACAAACUUGUACGACUUUGAAACUGGAGAACCCAGGGAAAACCCAUGCGUUCAUGGGAAGAACAUACAAACUACAGACAGCACCCAUAGUCAUGAUCGAGCUCGGGUCUCUGGCGCUGUAAGGCCGCAACUCUACCACUGCGCCACCGUGUCGCCCCCUGUAACAACAUAUUAUUACAGGUUGCUAUGUCCAUAUUAACAAGUAUAUUCAAGUUGGAUAUUGAGAAUAAGCACUCUUCACCCCAUCACUUCCCUUGACUUUGUGAUGAUGUCCAUGGGACAUAAUGAAACAAUCGAUGAAUGAUUGGAGUUAGUGAUGGCUAGGGAAAAUAUUGUGUGAUGAGUUGGAAGUUAAUUCUGCCAUUUUCAUGCCAUGGUAUAAAGUUUGUUCCUUUGCACAAUUUCUUAAGGGCCUGUCCCACUGUACGAGGUAAUUCAAGAGUUCUCCCAAGUUCUCCCCUGAUUCGAGCUCGUGUAGUGUUCGUAGCAGGUACAGAGGAGCUCGUGGGUGUCACAUAGCGGCUCGUACGAGUAACAGUAGGUACUUGGGAAAUCCGGUAAACUCAUGAUGUUUUUCAACACUGAAAAAUGUCCAUGAGGAAAAAAAUACUCGUGAUGAAAAAAUGUUUUACUUUUUACUCGUACGAGCCCCUACACAAGCUCGAAUCAGGGGAGAACUCUGGAAUUACCUUGUACAGUGGGAAAGGCCCUUUAUCUUCCUCCAUGACAAUCUGCUGAAGUUGAAGGAAAUCAUACAAAUCAUACAAAUAUUUUGUUUCCUGUUUCACUCCAAAUCUUCUCGCACUAUAACAUUUCCUGCCUCUGUCUGUAUUUUAACCUUUCUACUUGUCGGGUGUUUGCCUAUUAUUUUUCAAGUCAAGUCUCAAGUUUUUUCCAUCGGUUUCAUCGGUAAUGAACUAUAUUUUCUCUAAAACUCAAUAUAUUUUGCACUAAAUUUUACUCACCCAUUAUAAGCAGCACAAUGGGAGAGUGGUAGAGUUGCUGCUUUACAAUGCCUGAGACCCAGGUUUCCUCUGAAUGCUCCAGUUUCCUCCCACAAAACAAAGACUUACAUGUUUGUAGGUUAAUUAGCUUCUGUAUAUUGUACAUUGUCCCUAGUGUAUAGGAUAGUGCUAGUGUACGGGAUGUCCGCUGGUCGGCGCCGCCUCAGUGGGCCGAAGGGCCUGUUUUCACGUUGUAUCUCUAAACUAAACUAAAAUUAUGCCAAUGGAUAUCAUGAAACAAGAGAUUGAACAACAAAUGAUUAUCAUUAAUCUGCAGUUUGAGGCAAAACAUCCAUGCAUUUCUCUCCUUCCAAUUUUUUUCCUUUUACCCCAUCCCAUCUCAUCAUCACUCCUGUUUCACCUCUCUAUCAAGGGUUUUGGAAAUGUAUCUGCCUUGGACAGGCUAUACCAAUGAAUGAUAUUGGUUCACUAAAUCAAACUCAAAAUGUAUUACUUGGACAACAAACACUUCAAUUAAGUAUAUUUUAAGUAUACUGUGAGCUCUAUUAUUAGUUAUGGGCUAUUUUCCAAACACUGAUUUGUCAUGUGAAAAUAGAUAUUUAUCCAAAGCUAAUCUAUUGAAAUGUAAUACAGCCAUCUGGCCAUGGAUUUUUUCUCUUUGUGAAUACAGCUGAAAGUUAAGUAAGCUUCUUAUCGUUGAAUAUGUUGUUUACCCUCAAGGUUAUUAGAGCUGGGUGGCAUUGUGGCAGAUUGAGACAGAAUAACCUUGGGAGAUGGUGGAAAAAAAUUCAAGAAAAGUAACCUGAAAACAUUCAGUGUCAUAAAUGCGCUGUAAGUGGCAAGGCUUCCUCAAUGGAAUCUGAACUUUCCUGUUGACUUAUUCACUUAUUUUUAGUGAAGGUGAACACCAAAGUUGAGACGGAGUCGGAGAGACAGAAUAAAGAAUAUCCCUUUUCACCAGAGAUGCUGCCCGACCCGCUGAGUUACUCCAGCUUUUUGCGUCUAUCUUCGUAAAGAAUGUAGCCUUUGGUUCCUACCCUUGUUCUUAGGAAGAAGGUCACAACAGGUGACAGAACGUUCAUAUUUUAUCAUGCUUCUUAUCUCUAAGCACACACUUUUUUGAUCCACAACUGCAUAUAGAAAGACAAUAUUAUAAUUCCCAUGAUAAUGAACCAUGUUAUUUGUGCUUAGCUGAAACACCAUUUUGUUGCAUGCUGUGUCAGGAGUAAGCUUUAAUGGGGAAAAUAUAUUGUUCUUUUUAAAUCCAUUUAGGCUACUCAGCAAUAUUUGUUUUAAUUAAUUUGAUUUAAUUUUGAUUUAUUUCAAAGGCUUGGAACUCUGGAUGGCCGAAUCUGAUUUAGGCCUUGAAUAAUAAGUAUUAUCAAUUACAAUAGCGGACUGAAAGACCUGAUAGGGUACAACUCUGAGAAAUAAAUACUUUCGCCAGAAUUUAUGACUACUACCUAAAGAAAUGUUUUCCUUAGAAGAUUUUGCUUCCUGGAAAUGAGUUAUGAAUAUCACCAGUCCUAUACCACUUCAUUAUUUGUAUAUUCCAACUAAAAAAACUGUUUAAAACUGAAAUGAAAAGUGGUUAGCCUCAUUAACUUGGAAUGACUAUCCCUCUUAUCAGCCAAGCAUCUCAGCUUAAUAAUGCCCAGCACAGCCCACUGUGUCAUAUUUAUAUGAAUCUGAAGAGGUGACUGACCUGAAACAUCGCAUAUUCCUUUUCUCCAUGCGUUGCAGCCUGACCCGCUAAGAUACUCCAGCAUUUUGUGUCUAUCUUCAUGUCAUAUUUUAUAUCCUUCCUCCUAACCACCAUUCAUUCUUGCACUUUUUUCACUUUUGUGUUUGCUAUAUUAUUAAAACAUGAAGGUUUCACAGGCAAACAACAUUAAGCACUAGUCCAGGUGUGACAGGGAGGGAAUUUAAAGACCGUAAAUUUACAUGUGAGAAUAAUCUGACACUUUGAUCCUCCACCCAUGAUAUAAAAGGCCUUUGAUUCACUCAACCAGCUCUGAGAACAGAGAAGGAAUGCUCCAUCUUUCGACCCUGGCACCAUGUUGACCUUCAUUUACCCAACCAUGCAAUUCAGUUAGUAAUGUUCACAAAGCCAGCCACAGCCUAGUCUGCAUGCCCGUCCCUUACAAAAGCAUUGAGAAAUGAGACAAACGAAAAGUAGAGAUGAUUUAAGGAAAAUUGUAAAUAAAAGAUUCCAAGAGCACAAAGAACAUAUCCCCAUACCUGAUGUAAGAAAAUUAGAAUAACAUUUUAAUAUUUUAUGUGGUUUCAAGAUGGCAAUGCCAUUCUUUAUGAAUUGCUAAACAUCCAUAACACGGAGGGUUAAAAUAGCGUGGUCUGAUGAGUUGCCUAUGAGAUUUGGUUAAUGCACCGUGGUAAUCAGGGUUUUUGGCAGACUGAAAGCUUGGUUUUCUUAAUGUAAAUUAAAGAAAUGUAGCAGCUUGCACAGUGCUGGCUGUUUUUUUUUUUUUCUACUGUUGCAUUCUAUAAUAUGUAUUGUACAUGAACUGUUGUAUUUGUAAUCUAAUAUAUGUGUGCACUUGUUCACAAAUAAAAAACAAAAGUUCUAAAUGUUGUCCAACAUGAAGGUAAAAAGUUAUUUAAUUCGAUCUUUCUAUUCAGAGCAAGAUUUCAAUCUUAUACUUUUUUAACAAUACCAGCUUACGCUGAGAUUUGUGCAAGAGCAUCAACCAUUGAAAUGUCCCAGGGAAAUCAACAUAAGCAAAUGAUAGAAAAUUGGGACGAAAAUAAUUGUGUUUCACCAAGAAAAAUGUGUUUGCAUGUGCUAUGGUUUCCGUGAUAGAUUCCUCAGGUUUGCAUUUUGUGUCUCUUGAGUCUCUUGGAUGCUCUGAAUAGGCAUUAAGGGCCUGUCCCACUUGGGCAACCUAAUCCGCGAGUUCUGGCGAUUUUGCCCUCGACCCAUACUCGCAGCAUGGUCGACACGAGGUCGAAGCUGGUCUUUCUAACUCUUCUUCAUGCUCGAGAGUGGUCUCUGCGUACUCAAGGCCUCAGCUAGGUCGCGGCCUUUUUUUUCAAUAUGUUAAAAAAUGCCCACAAGUAAAAAAAGGUAGCCAUGGAAAAAAUCGAUACUUUUUUUACUCGUAGGUUUAGUCGUAGUAGGUCAUGGUAGGUCGGCAUGUUAGUCAUAGGUAAUCGAGUUCUGUCAAAGGUAGUCAAAGGUAGUCAUAGAUAAUCUUCAUCGAAGGGAGGUUGAAGGAGGUCAUCUUCACUCUCCACUAUUCGGUGUCCAAUUUCCCCGAGGUUAGUCGUAGCUAGUCGUAGCGAGUCGAAGCUGGUCUUCAACAUAGUCGAAGGAGGUCUUCUACAUAGUAGAAGGAGGUCUUCAACAUGAAUACAUUGUUGUGAAAAACUGAUGGAUUGAAGCACACCAUACUAGGAAACCCUUUUACUAUUAUUUCAUUCUAUUUACUAACAUCAUAAUCCUACAGAGAAAUGGUAAUACACUGAUCUAAUGUAUCGUUACAUUUGCAGAUAUUGUUGGAACAAAAACAUUUUUCCAUUUUUAUAAACUUGGCCAUUUUUUCAUUAUUCCUGUUUCAGACAAUUUAGAACUGAUUAUUUCUUCCAAGUGUUGUAAAUUGUAGUGUUCAGAGAACAUUGAAAUGGGAUUUUAUUCAGGGGAUAGUCUACACAUAAGCAAGAUUUUCAAGAAGCGAAGUUUAUAAUUUCUUUGGAAACCGCAGGUGUUUUUGAAACUGAGAAUACAAGCACAGACAUAUAUACUUUACAUGAAUAUUUCUGAAACACACUUCCACAGGUGGAGUUUCACACAAUCGCACAAUAUCAGAAAAUUAAAAAAACUGCUGCAAGUGCUCAGCGAGUCAGGCAGAAACUGUGGAGGCCCUGAUACAUUUUCUCGACCCUUUGGCUCCACAGAGCUACCUGACCUCCUGAGUUCCUCCAGCAGUUUAUUUUUUGCUCCACAUUCCAACCUCUGCGGCAUUGUUACUUAUUUGCAUAUCUUUCAUUCAUAUGUUCUAUAUUUCUCUACAUCACCAUCUAUAUAUGUUGCUUCCCAUUCCCCUGACUCUUAGUCUGAAGAAGGGUCUCAACCUGAAACGUCACCAGGGAACAUUUCAGUUUCCUCCAGAUUUCAUUAAAUUAUAAGCAUUUUCAAAAAGUAUAUCCCUGCUUACAUUUUAUUGUAUAAUGAAGAAACACACUCAUUGAAAGCAAAAUAAAAUGUUAAUGAAAUUGAUUGGAAUUUGUGAUUUCAGUGCUCCUCUUUUCUUUGGCAUGAAUUAAAAUAAGAACUCCUUCACAUGCAUGGUUCUUCCUCACACAUCCAGUAGCAGCCAUUCCCAUGAGAAGUAUGCACUGGAAAUUCAAUCAUGAACUGUUCGAUAAUUUUUGGAUGGAACGUAGUGCAUCAUGCCCAUGAAUAUUUCUGAAAUACACUCCCACAGGUGGAGUUACCCACAAACACACAA